UUCUCAAAAAAAAAAAAAAGGCCAAGUCUCAUCUUCCCCGUCACAGGUCACUUGCUCAUUUCUUUCCGGCCGACUCCUCCUUUUGCUCCUCUCCGGCCACACCGGAGUGGUGGGUAUCCCACCCCAACUCUCGAGUCUCGACCGCCGACGAGCAAAUGGAAGUCGCCGCCGCCACCGUCUCCACUCUGGUUCCCUCCCCGGCCCCAACCUUCCUGCUCCCCGUCUCCACCACCGCCUUCUGCCCUUCCUCCGCGAGACCCCUGACCCCAUCUGCUCGUCGUCCAGCUCGGCUCCUCUCCCUCGCCCGCCGCGCGCCAGUCGUCGCCUCUCUCGGGGUAUCUCAUGGUACAGGGGUCACAAUGCCUGGCACUGACAUUGUUGGCCAGAAUGAUUUGCUGAUUGUGGGCCCUGGUGUGCUUGGGCGACUGGUAGCUGAGAAGUGGCUAAAGGAACAUCCAGGUUGCAAAAUUUUUGGCCAGACUGCAAGCACAGAUCAUCACAGUGAGCUAACCAAUAUUGGCAUCCUUCCCUCCUUGAAAGGAUCUAGUAUUCCUCAUAAAGCUCCAUACGUUAUUUUCUGUGCUCCUCCAUCUCGUUCUGAUGAUUACCCUGAGGAUUUGAGAGUGGCCACCUCAAAUUGGAGUGGUGAAGGUUCUUUCCUGUUUACAUCCAGUACUGCGCUGUAUGACUGUAGUGACAACAGAUUGUGCAACGAGGAUUGUCCAUCUGUUCCGAUUGGCAGGGGCCCUCGUACUGAUGUCCUUCUUAAAGCAGAAAAUGUUGUUCUGGAGGCAGGAGGCUGUGUUCUCAGGCUAGCAGGACUUUAUAAAAUAGAUAGAGGCGCUCAUAUUUUCUGGUUGAGGAAAGGAACUUUGGACUCACGACCAGAUCAUAUUAUCAAUCAGAUCCAUUAUGAGGAUGCUGCGUCCCUUGCAAUUGCGAUAAUGAAAAAGAUACCCCGGGGUCGUAUCUUCCUGGGUUGUGACAAUAUGCCACUUUCUAGGCAAGAAAUAAUGGACUCUGUUAACAGAAGUGGGAAGUUUGAGACAAUGUUUCAAGGUUUUACUGGUACCGAUGGUCCAUUAGGGAAGAGGAUGGAGAAUUCGAAAACUCGAGCUGAUAUUGGAUGGGAGCCCAAGUACCCAAGCUUCCCAGAAUUUCUUGGUGUCAACAAUUGACAUUUUGUGCACUGUGAACCAUUCUUCUUACUCUGAGUGAAUAGCAAUGUGAAGGGGGCCAUAGGAAUGCGUCACACUAGAGAUUUUGUUGCGUCAGCAGCUUACUUAACUAUGCAAACACUACAGAGUGUAAUGGUGUAUAUUUGUUCUGCUCGGUGGUCAUCCACAGUUAGUUUCUGCCCAUUGAGUUCUGAAUUUAAACCAUAUUCUCACCUGAAAUAUACUGCCACCUUCAUCCUGGUUGGUUUCCUUUCCGUUCGAUAUCAAAUUUAUCCACUUUUGGUGAA